CUUGUGUCUUUUCAACCUUGAGCGAUAACGAACCUUAUUUCCGUCGAGAACCUUAUUUUCAUCGAGAACGUGUAUCACUGUAUUAAUAUUCGAUUUUUUCGUCGACGAAAAAACGAAAGAAAAAUCCCUGAAAGAAAAUAUCGUUACAACUUGCUUCCUCCCUACCUCCUUCCCCUUCUUCUUCCUCUUCCUCUUCAAGAUUUAACUCUCAUUUUUCACAGAACGGUCGACUUGACCUUCAUUCCGUAGGAGAGAGCCCUCUAAAGAGUCAGUAAUGGAGCAGAAGAAGCUCUGUGAGCUCUGCGGGAGGCCGGCGAGGAUGUACUGCGAGUCGGACGAGGCGAGCCUUUGCUGGGACUGUGACGAGACGGUCCACAGCGCUAACUUCCUUGUGGCGAAGCACAGCCGGACGCUCCUCUGCCGCGUCUGCCAGUCCCCUACGCCUUGGGCUGCCGCCGGCCCGAAGCUCGGCCCCACCGUUUCGGUAUGCGACGGCUGCUUCGACAGCCAUGGUAAGGGUCCCGAGGCGGGUCAUCGGGAGGGCCGCGGGGACAUCGAUAAUGAGGGGUAUAGCUUCAAUGACGACAGCAGUGGUGAUGAUGAUGAGAGAGAGGACGGGCUCGAGGAUGGAGGGGAGAGCAUGGACGGUGAUGAUGAUGAUGAUGAUGGCGACGACGAUGAGGACGAGGAAGAAGAAGAAGAAGAAGAAGAAGAUGGGGAGAAUCAGGUGGUGCCGUGGUCCUGCGAUUCGCCGCUACCUCCGCCUGCGAGUUCUUCGAGCAGUGGGGAGGAGUCAACUGAGGCAGCUGCUGGUGGCGGUUUCAGGUCGGGGCCGGCGAAGCGGGUCUGGGACAAUGUCUUCAGUAAUGAUUCCGAUUACUUUCUGCAGGAAGAAGUCGGGUGCACCUCAUCUCAGGUGAUCUCGAGAGCCUUUGCAGCCACUGAGGAAGCCCCAUCUUCGGCUUGCUAUCGGCCUUUGAAGCAGCAGAGGGUUGCCGAAGAAAAUCCGAGUUUGCUGGCAGGGGAUGAAUUCGGUCUUGUGGAAUCAAAACCGACAUCAGCAAUCAUAAAUUCUCUCAAGAGGCUGCAGAAGACCGCCAUGUCUAAGGAUAGCUCUGCUGCUGCGGUCCUUGACAUUUGCAGGCUGAGCAGAUGCUAGAGCAGUAGAUUCGAUCAUCGUUUGGAACUCUUCCUCACUGAUCCCUGAUAAUUACUAACCACAAUUUGCUUAUAGACAGCUCUUGUUCUUCUUCAUCUCUUCCAUGUUUGUUAUUAAUUGCUCUGUUAUCGGAUUCACUUUAUUUAAUUAAUUCAAUUUCAUGUUGUGGAA